AUGUCGAUAGCGGUGUCUGCCUUUUCCAGGCGACAAGCCACUCGCUACGGGCUGCUAGCGGCCGUUUUCUUCAUAGCCACCUUUUUGAUCCUUCAGCUGUACGCGCCGCUUUCGUUCAACUCUGAUUAUAACUACAACCCUUCAUCAUCAACGAAGAACCUGCACAUCGCUGUCUUCGCAACAAGCAGCAACUACCAUCUAUGUCAGCUUCAACUCUCGGCUGGCCUGCUGGGCUACCCAGCGCCCAUACUGCUCAACUAUGGCGCCGACGAAGACAAAGACGAGAUGAAACAGCAUCUGGCCAAGAUCGAAGGCGCCAUCCAGUAUCUUGACUCACUUCCAGCGUCUCAACAGGAUGAUUUGGUGUUCAUGCUGGACGGAUUCGACAUUUGGUUCCAGCUGCCACACUCAUAUAUCGUCAAGCGAUAUUACGAUGUAGUCAAGAGAUCCCAUCAACGCCACAUCUCCACGUUCGGCGAAGCCCUCGUCAAGAAACACAACAUCCGCAACACCGUCAUCUUCGGUCCGGACAAAUCUUGUGCUCCUGCUGGCAAUGAUCACAGUUCCUGCUGGGCGAUCCCAGAAUCGUGGAUGGAACCACUAUCUUUCGGACCAGAUACCGAUCAUGGCCGAGCAAUGCAUAACAGGCCUCGCUGGUUGAACUCGGGCACUGUCAUGGGACCGGCAAGGGAGCUGAAAGACGUCUUCGAGCGUGCGCUUGAGCAGAAUAAGCACCGUCACGUCACCGAUUCGGACCAGUUCUAUUUCAGCCAUGUCUUCGGUCUGCAGUCGUAUGCCCGUCGUGUCCAUAAAUUCGAGGACGACCGCGCCAGAGGCUGUGACGUGGCCGCUGACCAAGAGUUCCUGCUGCCUGCUGAUGUCGAUGCCAAAAAGAAGGACAUACCAAAAAUCAAAGGAGAAAGAACAGAGUACCACAUCGGACUGGACUGGUCAUCCGACAUCUUCCAGACAGCCGGCUUUUAUGCCGACUACCUCACCUGGAUCCGGCAUAACAGCACGUCGCUCUACGUGCAGGAGACUGCAAAAGAAGGAAACUACCACCACCACUUCUCCCUGCCCACCGAUCUCAUCGGCAACGGACCCGAGCCGCUGAGUGAUGCCGUCGACCCAGCGCUCGCGGACUGGCGCAAUCUGCCGCUCGCAACGAAUACGGCAUCACGCACAGUGCCGCCGGUGAUUCACAUCAAUGGUAAGAAAGGCUAUAGACAUCUAUGGUGGCCGAGGAAUUGGUUCUACCCAUACAUUGAGAAGAUGCUCGAAUCGAAGCGGAACACACUGUCAUGGGACGAUGAACUUCCCAAAGAUAUGCCAGCAUUGGCCGGGGCAUGGACAUUCAACAACGGCCAGACAGACUGGGUGGGCUUCAAUGAGACCUGUGGUCGGUGGGAGGAUGCGCUCAUGGGAAAGGCGAGGCCGCCGGGAAAUUGA